AUGCGGAGGUUCGGAUCGACGGCUAGUGCCGCUGGUUGCUGGACGGGCGGCAAUUUAUGCAAACUCAUAACCAUCGUCGUAGCGAUAGCAACGACCGUCCUUGCCACAGGAUUACCAACAUCUGAGCUGUUGUGUUCUUAUAAUGAUGAAUUCCUGUACACCGUACCUGGAACACAGUGUGGUUCCUACUAUCGAUGCUACGACAAUCAAGCGAUCCGGUACGACUGCCCCGAUGGUGCUAAGUUUGAUUUCAAUCAGCAAAGGUGUGUUCGAACCAAAGGUACCUGCUACGAACCGGUCUGCACUGGAAAGACAAAUGGUGUGUACGCCGAUACAUCACAAGACUGUCAACGCGCGUACCGCUGCAAGGGAGGAUCGCUCGAACACGUCGACGUGUGUCCGAUAGGCAGGGCGUUCGAUGGACGCCGCUGUAGUCCAGUCGAAGGGAUAACGUGUGACAAUCCGAGUUUAACCAGUGCAUCUUUCAAUUACGAAGCUGAUUCCCGCUGUUACGGCUUGAGCAAUGGUAACCAUGUGCUGCAAGAGAGUGGUAGCUGUAGGAAGUACCUCGUGUGUCACGCCAACCAAGUGCAAGAUGUGCUCGAGUGUCCACCCGGCUAUGGGUUUGAGGAGCGGGCGAGAAGAUGCACGUUACUGAACGGUGAUGCCUGCCAGUCGCCGGGGAAUCAAUCUCCAUCCAUUGAAGCCGCAAACACGUGCAGCUUUCUUCCCGAUGGACUCCAUCUGGCAGCGACCUCAAAGGACUGUCGGUCGUACGUGCAGUGUCAAGCGCGGCGACAGAUUCACCGCCUGGAAUGUCCUCCGAUGACGGUGUACAAUGGUCAGCAAUGUGUACCAAGCUUUCUGUAUCACUGUCCGCGGCUCGACCUACCGGGUGACGUUUGUCAGUAUCGACAAAAUGGCUAUUACGUGGAUCCGCGUAAGGGAUGCGGAUUUUAUGUUCGCUGUGCAGAGGAACGGACCGUCGAGCAGUACUCCUGCCCGUAUGGGUUCUAUUUUGAUGAACCGUCUGGCACCUGUCGUGGCAACGAGGAAAACGAUGGAAUCUGCCACCGACUUCCCUACUCGAUCGACUGUGCGCAACGAGCGUCCGGGUACUAUCAGGACUUCUCAGUAGCCGCUAAUUCGCCGGUCGCCUGCGGAGCGUACUUUCACUGCCACAACGGUGCCAAAACGGUACUUCGGUGUAGAAAUGGUUUCAUAUUUGAUGGUGAAAACUGCGUCUCGGAGGCAAGCUACACAUGCCCGAUCGAGGAUCUCGACUCGUGCCGGAGAAAACCAAACGGGUACUACAAGGAUGCCCGUUCAGGCUGCCGUGCGUACCAUCUCUGCACUGAGGGUAACAAAAUCUCGUACCUCUGUGGUCCAGGGCAGAUAUUCGCCAAUGGGGCGUGCGUGGAAAGGAGACGAACGGAACGGUCUGGCGAUGAGACUUCAACCUGCGAGGAAGAUUCUAUCUGUGCCGGUCGCCCAGAUGGUUACUACCCGGAUCGCGCUUCCCUGUGCCGUCAGUACUACUUUUGUCAGCAAAACGAAAAACUCCAAACCCUGACCUGCCGUGGUAGUAAGGUGUUUGACGGGCAUAGCUGUGUAUCGAGAGAUGCGUACACCUGUCCAGCGGCCGAUGAUGUCGAUGCCGCGGCUAGCGAGAACUGCAUCUCGCGGGACUGCAGCGCACCAAUAUGCGCACGGAACGGAUUUUUUGCCGAUUAUGAUAGCAACUGCGAGCAAUACUUCUUCUGUAUCGACGGUAAACAAAGCGCACUCCGCUGUUCGGCGAACUAUGUGUUCAAUGGCGAGAUUUGUGUGCCCAGUGGGACCUACUACUGCCCUCGGUACUGCACUCCACCGGAAUCAUGCUGA